CUGUAAAUAGCGCAAGCUGCAGCUCUACACACUGAUCACCGGAAACAGGACAGGAGGUCGUUAUGAGGAUACAAACCUCACUGGGGUUAGAGCUCAGACUGGGACAAGAGCAAGUGGGUCAGAAUGACGGACUACAGCAGUUCUUCAGAGAGUAAAACUCUUACUUUCCGCACUCAUAAGGAAAUGUUUGAAAAAAUAGAGGAAUCCUUUAAAUUCUGUUCCAGAUGUGGGAAACGACCCUCACAGACAAUCGACACGCUGAAACGCUGUGCGAGGUGUCUGAAUGUGUAUUACUGCAGUAAAGACUGUCAGACAGAGGACUGGUCUGUGCAUAAGAAGUAUUGUGUACAGUUGCGUAUGGCUGCAGUAGACAGACUGAUAGAGUGGCUCGUUUAUCAAGGAGACCUGCCCUUCCCUACAGAGGCAUGGUCUAAGCCUGCUAAAGAGGUUCGGUGCUGGGAUGAUUGGCUCUCCAUGCAGGGCGACCUCACGACCCGGAUGGCCCCAAUCCUGUCUGGGAAAAACAUGGCAGAUCUCUGGAUAAAUGCCUGCCGGACACGCCCAGAGGAGGCGGAGCUUCGUAAAUCUCUGUGGCGUGUGUGUAGUGAGUUCCUCUCACGUCCACUGACCAUCGGUAUGGCGAUGAAGAUGUUCGGUCUGAACCCAUAUUCCAAACCUCUUACCAUCCACAUCGUUGGGGCAGGAAACACUGAAACUCUGGGUGCGAGGACGACGGAUCUGGAUGAACUGAGUCGUAUGUUCCCUGGACAUCAGGGUCUGGAGGUGGUCAUGGUGGGACCAGAGGUAGUGAAAGGUCCCAUAAUGAGGCCACCAUUAAAGGCGUUUGGUCCACGAGGAAGAGUCUACAUCAGCGCCUACAAGGGUCUGUACCAUGAGUUCUGGGAGGAGCUGGUGGAGAAAAGAGAGGCAGCAAGACCAGACCUUGUGGUGGGGUUUCACCCAGGGUUUGAUUCCAGACAGGGAAUGACGGAUGGAUGGUUACCAACUCUGCUGCUGCUCAGAGACUACAACAUACCGACCUUAUUUACUAUGGCAAAUGAUGAAGAGCUGAAGUACUCUGUGCAAAUCUUAAUGGAGCUGGAGAUGGACAUUAAAGGCACUGGGCCAAACCCGUUCAGUUCCCAGAAGCCUGAACAAGUGCAGUCAAGUCCCAAUAAAGAGCUGAGCUACUGCAAUGCCUUCUACCUAAACUUUCAGGGUCUGCUGGAGGACAAGCUAGAUGAGGAGGAUUAGAACUUUCACUCACUUGUUUUUGUGUCUGCUAUUGGAACAUUAUGUGAUAUGAUUGUUUUGGUUUAGUGUUACCAUCCUGACUGAGGUUUUACAGAUUGUACAGUAUUUACAUAUCCCCACGGAACAUUUUGUAGUAUUACAACCUUUAACCCAAAUGGACAUAGUUGAGAUUUAUUGUAGAUAUACAAUAUAUAGAUCUACACAAAGUGUCUAUAAUAAUCAAUUAUUCCGUUUCCUGCAGUCCGUAUCCUACACAGGCUUGCAGAGACACUGGAAUAUAUCCGAGGGUAUUCAGGGCACUAGAUUGAUGUCCACCAUUUUCCAACAACAGUACACUUGUUUUUGUUUUAAAUGGUUUUGUUUUACAUCAAAGAUUCAAAGCGUUUAUUGUCAUAUACUCAGUGAGGAACGCAGGAUCCCCUGAACAAUAAAAUUCUUAC